CUUUCCACGAGGUAAUUGCAGUUGCGCCAAUACUUUUGCAACGGCUGAAACAAAGAUGGCUUCGAUGCUGUGUCACCUGGUUGUCAUGUUGCUACUGCUUACAAUUGCAACGGCGAAUACGGCAGUUACACCCACAACGACCCCUGAGAGGAUAACGGAACCAGGAACCACACUUGGAACCACAGCUACCACAACGGCCGAAACUACUACUCCCACCACUACCCCUACAACUACAACAACCACUACCAUAACUACAACUACCACUACCCCUACGACUACAACUACCACUACCCCUACGACUACAACUACCACUACCCCUACGACUACAACUACGACCACCCCUACGACCACAACUACCAAUAUCCCUACAACUACAACUACCACUACUCCUUCGACCACAACUACCACUACUCCUACAACUACCACUACUCCUACGACAACUACCACUACCCCUACGACUACAACCACAACAACUGUGAUUACAACUACUACCACAACCACAACCCCUCCAAGCACAGCUACAACGCCUACCACAGCCCCCUCGACGGCCUCGACCUCAACCACGACCGAGCCCCCGGCCCCGCAGGGCCCCGCAACGACCAGCUUCAGCGUGAAGGAGCUGGUCCUCACGUGCGUCUCGAGUUCCCUUUUCGUCCUCCUGGCCGUGGCGGCGCUGGCGUUCCUCUGCAGCCGGGCCAGGUGGCGGAGGAGGCGCAGGACUCGAGCCAAGUACUCUCUGUCGGCGGUGUCGCUGCCGACCCUGGAGGCCAGGGAGGAGGAGGUCCCUUGCGACGACAAGAUGUGGCUGACGGUGACCGUGCGGGAUUUCAGUCCUCGCUCCGACAACCUCGAAAUCGCCAGUGGCAACGGGAAAGGGCGCGACACGAGGAUUCUGACGGUGUCUGAGCGGGGCUACAGCAAGCGGUCCUCCAUGCCCGAGGCCUCCAUGGAAGCCAUGAGGGCCGGCCUACAAGGAGCGAAUCAGCAACUGAACAGGUCGGUUCACUGCCUCAACGCCCUGCCUCCGUCUCAGCUUCUCCCGACCAUCCGCAACAGCGUUCACAGAUACGGGUGUGUCUCGACCUCGAACCUUCAGCAAGGAAGCCCCAGGAACAUGCACGCCGAAGGACCUGCUCUGCCGACACCAGCAGGGGCGCCGAGGAUUGUCGUUUCGAAGCCCCAGUCCCGGGAGUCGCUCCAGGAAGAUCUGCGGACGAUCGACGCUCGCUUCCACUUCCUCGACGAGAGCGGGGCCAGCGAGGACCGCAGCCCCGGCCCCUUCUCCACCUUCGGCAAGUGAGGGGCGGCGGGAGGGCAGCGCCGUUGAGUGGGUCAGACGGGCCUGAUAAGUGUGCUUGAAGUCAUACGAUCUUGAAUUUCAAUCUUAUGGUUAUGACAAAUCAGAGACAGAGAGAAAGAAAAAGAAGAAAAAAUAACAGAAAUAUAGAUUGAAUAUCUUCUGCCAAAGUGCAAUAAACAACAAGUUACUCCCUCCUCUCCUUACAAAAACAGGUAGAUGAUAGCGCCAUAAAUACGUUUUUCUUCCUCAGCUUACUAAAUUACUUUGUUUAUGUAAUGUACGCAUGUGUAUUUCUUUGUGAUUAUUAGGAAAUUAUAACAAAAAAUCAUCUAUGACUAUUUGCAUAUGAAAAGCUGUCUGCUCGAUGGAUUCCCAUGCUACUCACACCUUUCCAGAAGUGGGGACGAGUCCAUUGUUCCAAGGCUCUUUUAGCCAUGUGCCAAGAAAACCAGGAGGACUUUUUUGACACACUAAUUACGCAGGACGAAUAAAAAGGGCACGCAUCACACCCUCGGCAGGCAAGGUCAUGCUCAGUCUUUUAGGACCCACAGGGAGUAGUGAUGGUGGACUUCCUGGCAAGGGGCUUACUACGUUUCACUGCUACUAGGAGGUUAUCAAAUCCAAAACCAAAUGUAAUGUUGACCAAAGGUGUCCACCUCCUGUUCACAACUCUCACAUUGCCCAGAUGGAAGCACGGUCCUAUGGCUACAUCCUUCCUCAUCCUCCUUAUUCUCCUGAUCCUGGCCUCUCUCUGUCCAUGAAGUCAUUUCUGAAGGACAGAUGUUUCCAAGAUGGUGAAGCACUGAUUUCUGAAGUCACUUCAUGGCUUCAAACACGGGAUUCACAGUUGCAUAAAACAAUGAGAGAAGUGUGUUACUAAUAACUGCAUGACAUUUCCUUCCUGUACUUCCAUAGGAGGUGAGUCAGGGGAAAUCUUUAAUGAUCUGACGUAUUUGCGCCUAGGUGUAUUUCAUACUUAACCCCUUGGUGCCGGGUAUGACGUGUACGUACGUGCUAUGCCCACCGUGAGUACUUGUUUGAUUGUUGUUACGCAUAGAUGGCAACAUUUGUACUAACUCCCCAAUGAGCCAGUUACGAGUACCGCCCGUCUCGUCCGUUUACCCGUUUAUUUGAUUUACGAAAUAUUUUACGUUAUCUUAUUUUGCUGUUACUAAUGUUAAAAAACAUUAUAAAAAUUAUAAUGUUUAUGAUUAAAAUAACACCAUCGAUUUUCAUAGCACUAGUGAAAAAUACGUUUUUCCCACCAUUUCAAAUCAAGCGCUAGCAGAGCCAUCUAUCGGCAGACAUUUCACGAAAAACAUAGAAAGUGGGCACAGCAUUUUCCCCAUUUUUUGUUCAUUUUCCCCGGCACCAUUGGGUUAAGUACGUAAAUACAUAAUUACAUAUAAGGACACAUUGUGUGUUUGUGCGAGUGUGUGUGUGUGUGU